AUGCCCUUUGUUGGCGGGGUCCGGUGUUCCUGUCUGCUGCCCGUGGCUUCCAACCCUCGGCAGCAAGAGCUGGAGCCAGAGCUGGUUAUCAUAGGAAGAGGGCUGUCCAAAGGAUCUGCAGACCGUGACAUACAAGGAAAGACUGAAGAUUCUCUUCCAGCACCUUUUACCAAAAGCGUACAAGAAGCAAUUAACAGCUAUACAUUUGUUUCUGUUUCAACGUUCUCAUCUAGUGGGCAAACGACACCCACAGACUUGAAUCGUUCCUGGUCAGGGAUACAGAGUUAUACUACUGGCCCGUCUACAGAGAGAAGCUCAGUGUACUCCUGGAGGGACGAUGAAUUUGAUAAAGCUAACACACAAAGAGUGCAUCAGUUGUUCUGGGAUGUGGAUGAAAUGCUGUUUGAAGGCAAAGUGAGUUCCCAAACUGAGAAUCUAAGGGCAGAAUGUAAAGAUUGGACCAACAGAUCUCUUCACUUAAGAAUAUUGGGGAAACAGCUUGUUCUUCCUAACGAUGAGGGCUUUCAGCACUACCAGAGAAGAAAUGCCAACACUGUAUGUUCCAGAUCCUUACCUAGCUUGAGCGAAAUGACCAGCAGUAUGAAAGAGUUAUGCAUUUCGGGCUCCAAACUGAUCCCUGCAGCUUCUCCAGUGCACAGGGCAUCCAACGCUGAUUUAGCUGAGUCAUCUGUGUAUUUGUUUUUGGAAGAAGAAAUCUAUGAUGCAGAGGGGAAGAUCGAAGAGUACCUUGCAUUUGACAACAAGGAACUUGAUGAUGAGAGUUUGGAGCAAAAGAAAUCUCAGCUUGCUCAGAAGAGGACUAAGCGUGGGAUUCCUCCUGUUUCCCCCAAUGCCUGCAUCAAAGAUACUGUCACUGCAGAGAUAUUUGAUCAUGUCUGGAAGAGUGUAAUUGAAGUACUGGAAGAACUAAUAAGAAAGAACUGGGAAUCAGCUGUUGCAGAGAAUGACAAACAGAUGGAGAAACUGAAAGCUAUUGGGAAUAAAUUGCCACAUCUGCCUGUUCCUCGUGUUACAGUAGAUGCAUCAAGUGUACCUCCAUCAAGAGGGUCAGAGGCUCGAGUAGCAUCUUUUGGCUUACACUUUGUCCCAUCACAGAUGCAUCGUUUCCCCAGCAAUUUGUACAGCGAUUUAAAUGGUGUUAUGACCAUUCAAGCUAAACCACUACAACGAAGGCACUCAGUCUUGGCAGAAAAGACUCAGAAUGAGCAAGAAGAUAAGCCACAACCCACAGGCCCCAGUGUUAACUCAGCGCGAAAUCGGCUGGGGCGAAUUACUGACAGCAGCGUUCUUUCAUCUUCCCGGGUGUUGCAGGGAUCCUCUAGGAAAAUGCCAGGCCAUCGUAGGCUGCCAUCUAUCGUCCCUGAACCAUUGCGCUCAAAAACCUCCAACGUUUACAGCGAUGAAGUUCUUAGGGGGACAAAACUGUGCACGGCCUUAGAUCGCAUGUCUUCUCCAAUUCCGCCGACAACACGGAACAAGUUGCCACCAAUAAGUUCAGAAGUUGUUGAUCAGUAUCUUUCAGUUCCAGGAUCCCGGCAAGGUUUUCACAGAAGAAGAUAUCCUCCCAGCAGAAUAUCCAGUGCAGUACCUGAUGCUACUGAACGACGGCCAGUUAGAGAGCGCACUGUAGUAAUUGAUCAGUUUUCAAGACCCAAUACCACUCAUACAUUUCGGUCAGAUGCAGCUCAUAAAAGGUCAUUGACGUCUAUGGAUUUUGCUAAUCAUAUGUGGACAGGUCAAGGAGUACUGACAGGCUCACAAUUCCACGUGAAAUCAUUUCAGAGAAAUUCAACCAUCUCUAGGAGGAGAUUUCAAGUUGCUUCCUAA